AGGCGCACGUGAAAGCCCGGGAAAAAGAAAAUGGCGGAUCAAAGUGAACAAGAAGAAAAUCUCGAGCCUUUGGUUAUAUUUUACGACAGUGAGGCCUCAAACGGGAACGUUUAUUAUGGAGAUGUCAUCGAAAUUGCUGCUACUUGUCAUCCUGGUGUGGUGGUGGGCUCGUUUGAGAGGCUUAUUAACACAAAACAAAACCUUGGCUCCUUCGCAAUUAAUGAAUCUGGUAUCACAGAAGACUUACUUGAAGGCAUGYCAUUUAUAGAUGAAGUGAUGUAUGAAUUCCUGGACUGGAUAGAUGAAAUGGUUGUCUUAGCACAAAAAAAGAACAAUACUUGUUAUUUUCCAGUACUCUGCGCACAUGGUGGAUAUCAAUUUGACUUCCUGAUAUUGUUUGCUAACCUCGAGAGGAAAGGAAUGCCAUAUAGUAAAUUUAGUGACUGCAAUAUACAUUUUGCUGAUAGUUUCCUAUUCUGUCAGAAGCUUCAACAAGAUGGGAAUAAGUAUUUACAAGACACAAGGCUUUCAAUAGAUGGACUGUUUCACAAAUUUUUCCCCAAACACACAAUAAAAGGACGUCAUCGAGCUAURGGGGAUGUGAAGGCUAUGGUGAAGAUAUUCACACAAACUCCUCUGAAAAAUGUUCUAAACCUUAUGUCAGUCUCUACUACAUUAGAAAGAAUAAAAUAUUUUGUUUCUCAGUCUAGUUCUAAAGAACAACAACUGAUUUUGGAAGAAAAAAUGUCCUCUUUGGAUGCAUGUAGCCGCAACAUGUGCAGUAAACGUCUGAUCAGAGAGGGGUUGACUUACGACCUUUUAAAAACCGUUUUCCAGAAGUGCUCCUCGUACAUGGAUUUCUGGCAAACCCUUAAGAAUAUUGGUAUAGAUCGUAAAGUAGCUAAGCAUUUCACUAGUCAGUUUAGUGCCAUGGGACUUGAGAACCAAGGCUCUUUGGGAUACACCUUACAYGCUGCUAUGCAGAACGGCUCAUUAUCUAAUGGAUCGUCCCAGAAUAGCAAUGGACAYGCUAAUACGGAUGUUAACGGCAAUUUAGGAACCGACAAUAGGAAUUCCACAAUAUCAGGUUCUUCGAAAAGCAGCUUACGAACCUCUAAGAGUAAUGAGACAUAUUCCUCUAAAGCCAAGGUUGUGAUAGGGACAACAGGUGCGGAGAGAGCAACCAGUUCAUCUAGGGCAUUUGAAGAGCGACCUUCAGAUUAUGCCGUCACAUCUUCUGCAGGAGACGAGAGGUUAAAAGCAUACUCUUUACUGAGGUCUGCUCUGAAACAACAGGACGACGAGAAGGAURCUUCUAAUAAUGUUUUAGCGGCUAAUGGAAGAGAAAGAAAAUCUUGCCAAGAAACUAGCACAGGGGUYGAGUUUCUCUCGUCUGAAAAUACUAGUAGCUCAGGAGAUCCCUCUGUUUGCAAUGGGGACGAAAAUUGGGACAGCGAAAUCGAAAACACAGUCACUCGGGGACAUUUUGUUUURCAAUUUAAUGAAGUGAUCCCGACGAGUAUUGUAUUUGAGGACGUUUCUUCGUCAUCAGGAGGACCAUCCGCAGAGCAGCAUAGAGAUUUGAAGGCCAGCAACUCAAAAAGAGCACCCAUGCAGCCUGAGGCAAAUCAAAAGAAACGAAAUAUAGGGAAUAUGAAAGACAGUGAACAGGAGAAAAGGCAUGAGCAUGGACAAGCUAAGAAAGGCGGUGAAUCGUCUGUAGGAUUUAUUAAAAGUAGGAAAAACACCAAAAACCAGACAACGGAAAAUUUAGUACGUAGCAAUAAAAUGACCAAGAAAGAAAUUCCUGUGACUAAGAACGAAUCUAAGGGCGAUGCAGUUUCUUCUGAGGACGGAAAACGAGGAACUUUAAUUUCUUCUGCAGGAACARAAGGAUUGAAGCAAGUGGACCAUAACAGAAGUGCUGGAAACUUGCCAAAGGUAACAGAUGGAGCAGAUGAUAAGACCUUGAGUUUCCCUGCAAAACAAAUUGGACGAAAAGUAAUAGUCGAUCAAAAAGGUAUCAAGACUAACAGGAGAAGCAAAGUUUCGUCCAAGAAGACGCCAAGUUCUGUGACAUUUGUCACRCCUGUUGAACGUGCUUCUGUGGACCCUUCUGCUUUACUACARGGUGAUGUAGAGAUGACAACGGUGUAUGUUGGGGAUUUUCCUAUAUUGGUGCCUGCGCAAAAGCAGYCUGUUCCUUGUGAAGACAGUUUAGGUCAGCCUACUCGUGAAGAUCAGGAACUGGAAACAGGAAAUAGACACAUCUCCACGGACGGAAAUGCCAUUUCUAGGGAGGAAGGUAUCACUCUACAAAAUGUCGAAAGCCCUAGAAAUCCUACAACUGAGGCAGAAGGAAUGGUCUUGUCAAAGGAAAUUGAAGGUGGCAAUUCUGUCRACCGGAAGUUGGAGGAUGGUAGAAAGCAAGACAUGGAUGGCUUUGAGGAGUUGGCACAAUAUCUGGAAAUGACGCCACUGCAAAACACCACCGUACCAGAUAAAGUACCACUGACAUCUACAAGUGAAUCGGUGUCUUCUUCGUCGUAUGAAACUAGUGACACUGGAAGUAAUCUUGGCUCUUGGCAUCAAACGUCACCACCUUUAACUGAAGAAAACAACGACCAAGGAAAGAGCUCUAGUAACAUCUGUCCAACGGAUGACAAUGCUGACACCUCCGGGGACCAAGCAUCAUUGGCGAUAGAACAAGCUAACCAUCAACCUACAGCACCCACAACUGAAGAACAUUCACCUUGUGAUAUGGAAACGGUAGAAACUAUUAAAACUGACCGAGACUUAGAGAACGUUUGUGGUGAUAAUGAAAAUCAAGCAGCUACUGAUCAAGGUGGCCUAACAGUGGAUCCUUCAAGUGAAGCUGACAUCAACCCAAAUAUGGCCACCCAGGAGCAGUUGAAUGGUUUUCCCGAAUGUCCAUGGCCUAGUUCUGAUGUCGUUUACCCAAAUCCUGCCAUGUACCCAGUACCUCAACAAUAUCCCUUCCAGAUGCCUUACCCAACAGCGAUGCCGUCUGCUUAUGGGUUUUACCCUUCAUUGCCUCACAUGAUGACAAUGAUUCCUGGACCUCAACAUGCCCCUUACCCACCUAUGCCUUUUGCUUCUCAAGGAAUGAUGCCGUUCGGGGGAUUUCCACCAAGGUUUCCCAUGGCGAUGCCGAUGUUUCCACCCCMGAUGUACCCCACUGGCCAAGAAGAUCAACGACYUUACCUUGACAUGUCUGAGCAAGAAACAACACAGCAGACACUCAGCAGUUCUCCAGAGGUGCUAGGCAUCCCUGAUAACAGAAUCCAAACCUUAGAACACCAGAAUAACAAGACACCAACAGGAAUUUCAAAUGUAUYAUAUUCUACUUCGUCAGACGAUCAUUCUGCAAGAAGCUCUCCAUUUCCGCUUGAUGACAGUUCUGGUAUGACAACGCCUCUCACCACCCCCCACAGGUCGCCAAUAGAUGACAACUCUCCCGGUGCACUAUCAUCCAGUGACAAAGGAGGAAAAAGCGACCUCACUCAGAACAAACGUAAGGAGUACAGGAAAGACGCAAGACCCGCGAGGUAUCACACUGAUGAACGAAGUCGUCGCUCAAACAGGAAUGGACCUUGGAAAGGAAGCACUUAUAGAGAUAGAAAAGAUCUUUCGGAAAAGGGGCCGCGUGCCGAUCUAGGAGAAGCGGCUGGAGAUAAGACAAGAGGACGUGAUGGUGGGUCAAAGAAACGGACGAAAGUCAAGAAAGAGGAUAGUCAUUCGAGGCAUAUGCAAGAACUAAGUGAUCAGGAUAUAAAAUUGAAUAGCAGUUCUCCUAAAAGGCCGUCAAAUUCACCAAAAUCUGAACAGUUGACACCAAGAAGAGAGGCAAGAGACGUGAAGUCUGCGCAUGGUACGUCAAAAAUAUCACCCCACAACUCCAGGGAUGUUCAAUCUGAUCAUGCUAGCCCACAGGCAUCGCCAAAGAUAUCUAGAUCUGAAAAACUAACCCCAACAAGGAAAGUAGAAGAAGAUCAUUCUUCCAAGACGUCACGUAGUGACACCAGAAGCGAAGAGUCAGGGYCAUCACCAAAAGAAAAAAGAAAUGCUUCAACUGAUCCUGUUAUCCAGCAAAUGGCAUCUACAAUCUCCAAAUCUAGUCAAGCCUCAUCAUCAAAGUCAGCUCAUKCUGACUCGCAAAAAUCACAACGGUCUGUUGAAAUCAAUAAAAGUUGGCCAAAAGAUCGUGUUGAAUCCCAGAAAUCUUCUCACACUUCGAAACUACAUGCACCACCCAGCAAAACUUCAACACAAGUUCGAACACACCCAAGCAAWUCUACAAGUCGCGACAGAGCUCUCGAGGUAGGUUCUAUCUCUCCCAAAGAAGCUGAAAAACAGUCUCUGCCGGCACAACCCUUAGCGAUGUCUGAUAAGAAAAACGAGAAGCUUGUGUCCUCAGAAAAAGAACCAAAACCACAGGACCAAAAAGAYGAAGCUAACGUAACACCCUCUGGAAGCACAAACAAAGAGGUUGCAAAGCACCGUCCGAAUGAGUCUCGUAACGCCGAAACUAGAAACAUAAAAUGGCCACAGUCUGCUCUAGCAAAUAAGAAGCUUAAAGAACUGCCAAAGCCACAACGAGAUCCAAUUUCAAGGACUAGAAGGGUUAGAGAUUCACAUAGCAGUGGCAGCGAAAGAGAAAAUAGGGCAGUGGGCCACCGCCAAGGUGUGAUUUCUCACAGAAAUGAAGACGUGAAGGGAACACCAAAAUCCACCGAUGCUACAGCAGGCGAAAAUAAGUUCAAGGAUAAUAAAACUGCUAGUGAAAAGGAACAAUAUAAGGAGCCCUUCUCAGCUUUCGCAAAAGAUUUAGAGACAAAGGGCGAGGACAGGCUGCAUAAGAAUUCAACUGGCCAUCAAAGGGAUUCAAAGAGUAGUAAUAACUAUAGGGAUGUUCUUCUAGGAAAACAGAGCACGAAACCUAGUUCUAGAACUAAUGAAACUGCAUCAAGUGAUAGCGUGAAAGAGGGAAGCUCUAGUGCGAUKGAGCCGCGACCCCACCCUCAACCUGCAACUGCUGUGGAAAAAAAUCAACCCAUGCCAGAAAGUGGAACAAUUAAGAAUCUCCGUGGUACUCCACAGCCAGGAGAUCGAGAGAAACCCUUGAGGAAGGAACAUAGACAAGAAAAGGAAMCUUUAAAGGAACAAUUUUACAAGGAGAGCAGAGAAGUGAAUACACCACGUGGUUCGACCAUGUCGCGUGAACCUACUCCUAGCACCAAUACCAGGAAUCCUGGCCGUUAUAGACACUGUGACACCAAAAACGAUAACAAUUUCCAAUCUCGAAAUACUGUAUCGAAAGCAAGCAAGAGUUAACUAUUGAAACAAAGUUCACGUUUUGACUGUGACGUUCGCUUAACAUAGUUAUAAGGAAAUAGAUAUGCCGAUCUUCGCGAAUUUCAAAUUAACAUUGGCCUUAGGCUUAUUCCGCCGCAAAGAUAUAUAGGCAUUAGAAGAGUAACAACGUUAUAUAAGGCUUGAUGAACAAAAGAUUUGAACCGAAACCUAGACCACAAUGCAUCAUGUUCAGGUUCAACAAUUUUUGUCCCCAUUUUUAGUGCCAUAAAUCGAUGCAAGAUAUUCAUGCCUCACUAGUUAUUAGAAGAAGCAAUCAUGAUAUGAUAAAUGACAGUUUUGCGACAAAUAUUUUUAUAGCGAAAAAGACGGUUAUUUUAUUAAAUUUGGACAAUUCAGUCAUUUGUAGAUAGAGUAWAAUUUAAGAAGGACGCUGGAUAAAGAACGUUUAUCAUUUUGUUAAUGCUUUAUUGUUAAAAUGCGCACGUUUUGGUUUUAUUGUUUUAGCGUUUGAAGCCUUUGAUCUAGGAUAUUAUCGUUUAAUUUUCGUUAGGAUAAAUGAUGACAAAACUGGAAAAGCAAUGAAAAGCGUUAUAGGAUGAAAAUGCAAAUAAUGGAACARUUUUGGAUACGAGAUUUGACUAUUGAACAAAUGAAAACGUUUUUGUUAGGCUUUUAGGAAGUUGUAAUCAGAAUGGUAUUUUCAGUUGCAAAAGAAGAAACUUACUUUGUGUCUAAAUGCUCAAAAUAUAA